AUGACGCCGCUUCCGAAAGAUAUCAUCACCGAAAUACUUUUCCGGCUACAAGUGAAGCCGCUGCUACGUUUUCAAUGCGUUUCGAAGCCAUUGUUUGCGUUAAUCAACGGCCCAUAUUUCAUCAACAUGCACCUCCGUCGUUCCAUCGAGAACAACAGAGAACGCACUCUCAUUGCAGAGGAGACACCGUACAGUAAUAUGCCAAGAGAUUUCUGCGGUCCACAUUUCUAUGCUCUAAACUUUUCCGACAUUCCAAACAUUUCCGACGAUGAUCUUGAUUGGGCUCCACCGGUGAAAAUCUUCCAGCCAUUCUCCCUUCCAACUAAAAUAAAACUUGACACUGCAAUUAUAGGCUGCUGCAACGGUCUGGUUUGCCUCCACACCUCUCUCUGUAGCGGAUUAUACAGAAACAUCAAUCCCAUUGAUCCCAGUGAAACUGUGAUUUGGAACCCAUUAAUCAGAAAAUACAAAAAAUUACCCUUUAAGCCGGUUGAAAAUUCUGAUAAUUAUGAAUUAGAAUUAGCAUUUGGGUACGACCACGUCAACGACGACUACAAGGUUUUAAGGAUUCUGAAGUACCGCAAUCACCCGCAAGUUCUAAGAAAGGUUGAUCAUGUGUAUAGUCUUAGAACACAUUCGUGGAGAAUAGUAGAAGACCAAUGGCUUUACAAGGAAUUGGGUUCGUUUAUUUUUUCAGGCCCAGUUUCCUCGAACGGUGCUUUGCAUUGGGUGGUUCGUGUGGAGGGGCGGUCACUAAGUACCAUUGUCGCAUUCGAUCUCGCCACUGAGAAAUUCCGAGUACAUGCGCUUCCUUGCCCAUUAUUACAAUCAAAUAAUAUAUGUUUGGAUGUCUUGAGAGGAUGGCUUUGUGUUUGCAGCGAUUAUGAUUGUAGAUUUACACGCGUUUGGGUGAUGAAGGAGUACGGAGUGGUGAGCAGUUGGACACCACUUGAUACAUUGGGGGAGACUCCUAUCUACUGCAAGCCUUUAGUGUUCUCAAAGGACGGCAAAGAGGUUUUUAUGAAGGAGAGUUUUAGGAGAUGCUUUUGGGAUGACAUAAAAGAUAAUACGCUUAGCAGUAGGCUCAAAUACUUUAAGAAAUACACUCUUCUUGUGGGAAGCCUCCUUCUCCUUGAUGGGGACAGUGACCAUUGA